UUUUAUUAAUUAAAAUUCUGUCAUCAUAAUUUAGAGGUUAUGUAUUGGAAGAGUUCAUGAACACUGUGUUUAGUUUAUUUCCUAAAUAGUAGUUAAUUACUCUUUAAAUAAAAUUAAAAUGGAAAGAUAUUCUCGUAAAAGUGGCUAUGACAAAUCUGAAUCGCGAAAUGAUAAAUAUUACAAAGAAAAAUUUAAAUACAGAGAUUUUGACAAAUAUCGGGAUAACGAUAAAUACUCAAAGUCAAACAAAUCAUCAAAAAAUCUUGAUGAUUCUAAGACGAAAUCAAAGCAUAAGAGAUCUUCCCGUUUAUCUAGUAGGAAAAAAACUUCUAAACAUAAGAGUCGUAAAAGAUCUUCUUCAUCUUCAUCGUCAUCAUCAUCAUCAUCAUCAUCAUCAUCAUCAUCAUCAUCAACUGCUUCUUCAACGUCUUCCAAUUCAUCAGCAGACUCAACAAAAUUGUUAGAAAAAUUAGAGAAGCAACGUCAAAAACAAAUAGAGGAACGUAAAAGGCAAAAAGAAUUAUUAAAAGCUACAGAAACACCAGAAGAGAAAAGAUUGCGUCGUUUGAAGAAAAAAGAAGCAAAAGAACGGAAGCGUAAGGAACGAAUGGGUUGGGAUAAUGAUUAUUUACAUUAUACAAAUACAGAUAAUCCUUUUGGGGAUGGAAAUUUACUCUCAACUUUUGUUUGGUCUAAAAAACUUGAAAAAGAGGGAUUACUUGGAGUUAGUCGAGAUGAACUUGAACAACGUAAUCGUCAUAAACAAGAAGAGAAUCGACGGGAGUUAGAAAAGGUCAAAAAAAGAAGACAAGAACGUGAAUUAGAAAGACAACAAAGAGAAGAAGAAAUGAGUAUGUUACAAAGAGGCAAAGAAGCAGCACAAUUAGAGCAAUGGGCUAGACAAGAAGAUCAAUUUCACUUAGAGCAAGCACGUUUAAGAUCGCGAAUUCGUAUUCAAGAUGGUAGAGCCAAACCAAUUGAUCUUUUAGCAAAGUAUAUUAGUGCUGAAGAAGAAGUCGAUGCUGUUGAAAUGCAUGAACCUUAUACUUAUUUACGAGGAUUGCAUGUGAAGGAUUUAGAAGAUUUGAUCGAGGAUAUUAAAGUUUAUAAAGAAUUGGAAAGAGGUAAGAAUCUUGAUUACUGGAAUGAUAUAACCGUAAUUGUUGAGGAUGAACUUCAAAAACUAAGAAAAUUAGAACGAACAGAGUAUGAAGUGGCGGUGGGUCGAAGAGAGGGAAUUAAUGAAGCAGUUGCCAAAGAUAUUACUUCAAUAUUUAAAGGCAAAACUGCAACUCAGUUAGAGACAAUGCAGUUACAAAUUGAAUCAAAAAUAUCCGGGAAACCUGAAGGUGUUGAUAUUGGAUACUGGGAAAGUCUUUUAUCUCAAUUAAAAGCUCAUAUGGCUCGAGCUCGACUAAGAGAUCGACAUCAAGAAAAUUUAAAGAAGAAAUUAGAAGUCCUUAUUGCUGAACAGGGAGUAGCUAGAGUCGAAAGUGAAGCUGGUGAGACUGAAGCUCGUAGUGAAACUUCGGUUAAACCACCAGAAGAAUCAGCUCCAACUACAUCACAAGAAAAAAGUGAUGAUGAAUCGGGUGAUGAGCAACCAGAAACUCAUGUUGCAGAAGAUAUGUUAUCUGAGUCAUUUGGGGAAUAUGAAUCUGGUGGUUAUUCGCCCCAGUAUCUUUCAAUAUCACAAUUAGAGCCCGGAACACUAAUUACUUUAGAAGAGGAUGAUAGCCAACGACUAGAGUAUGCAAGAGAUCAAGUACUUAAGACUGGUCGUAAAGUUCAGAGUGCUAUGUCUGCUGAAGAGCAAGCAAUGCACAGAGAAGCGCGGAAAAAUAUGGAAAGUGACGAAGCACAAUUUAGCGUCGAAUCAUCAUUAGAAGCACAAAUUUAUUUGUGGUCUGAUAAAUAUAGACCUAGGAAACCACGAUACUUCAAUCGUGUACAUACAGGUUUCGAGUGGAAUAAAUACAAUCAGACUCAUUAUGAUAUGGAUAAUCCACCACCAAAAAUAGUUCAGGGUUAUAAGUUCAAUAUCUUUUAUCCUGAUUUAAUCGAUAAAAGUACUACUCCAGAAUAUUUUUUGACGCCUUGUAAUGACAACAAAGAUUUUGCGAUUUUAAAAUUUCACGCGGGACCCCCAUAUGAGGAUAUAGCUUUUAAAAUUGUCAACAGAGAAUGGGAAUAUUCAUACAAACGAGGUUUUCGGUGUCAAUUUCACAACAACAUUUUCCAGCUGUGGUUUCACUUUAAACGAUACCGAUAUCGUCGAUAACUUUCACUUAAGUUAUAUAAAUAUACGAAAAAUUUUAUAUUCCUAUUUUCUUGCAAUAUAUAUAUAUUGUAGAAUA